AUGGCUGGAGAGUACAAUAUUUUAAUUGUUUUUAGCACCCAAUCAGCUGAAACUCUUCAAAAGUCUCCAAAUAUUAAACCAAAGAGGAAGGAGUUUGUAACAAAACUCAGCAAAUUUUUGAAUCUUGAUGAAUGGCAGAGUUUGCAGUUGUUUGGCAGCUAUUUGGAGAAUGACUUUAGAGGCUCUAAACAACAGCUGCUGAAUAUGUUAAAACAUGAGGCUCAAACUGAGGGACUUUUAUUAAAGAUAAUGGAGUACUACUUUGAAGAACGUCUUCACAUUUUACAGUGUGUUAAGUUUUUGUUAAGUUACUGGCAAGACCCAAGGCAUCCAUAUAGAGAGGAGUUUGCAGAUUGCAUCGAAGCCAUGCAAGAAAAGGAUGUCAUGAUUAUUAAGAUCACAGAUCAGUACAAGAGUUGCUGUUGUGCCAAAGUUCCUUUACAGGACACCUUGGGGGCAUCACUACAUCUAAAGACAAAAUGCUCCAGAUGGGCUCUACAGUAUUUGAGAGAACAGAUGCUGCUCCUGGAAAUCAUGCUUCUUUAUUAUAAAGAGUUUGUUGUUCCAGCCAAGUCCUUGCUGGAGUUGGCAAAGCUAUUUCAGAGCCAGGGGUUUGGAAUGAAGCAGGUCAACAGACAUCUGUUUGAAGGACAAGCUGAGGUUCUGCUUCCUCAUAUCAGGUACCUCUGUAAAGAAAACCUCAGGGACCUGCAUGAUCCGGUGUCAAAUACUUGCAAGAGCCUUAUAUAUGGCUUGAUGGUGAUUGUAUUAGCACUUUUUGAUGAAGACACAUUAGGGGAAUUACAGCUCUUGGUUUCUGUUUUAUCACAAGCUCUCACUGAGAAAGGCCUCUGUGUAGACUUUUGGGAUUCAGACUUGCAUACCGGAGCUGGCCUUCUUUUAAAUUCUGCAAGAAGCUGGUUUCCACUUCAGUUCCAUCCAUUUCUGAAACUUCUCAAAUCUCUGGCGGGAGAUGAAGAUUCUGCUGGAAAGGUGUAUGAUUACUUGGAUUGUGUGACGUCAUAUACAGAGCUUCUAAGAGAGAACCAGCUAAGUGAUGUAGACUGCUCUGGUGAUAACAAGAUCUGGAAGAUUGUUACUCCAAGACUUCUCUACAAGAAUGUGUUAAGCCCAGAUUCUAAAGAGCUGGUAAUGCCCAUUGGUACACUGGGAAAAGUUGCUCCAACAGCUGAAGGACCUUCCAUUAUACAAUGGAGCUUUCGAUACUCUUGCUGGAAACUGUUUGCACUGGAAUUGGACACUUUUCUUGAAUCCGUGGGUUCAGGGACAGCCUUGGAUUAUCAAAAUAUCAUUUGCAUUGUGGAGCUGGUCAAGGAAAUCCUACACAAUGACUGGAGCAAGGCGUUUCAUCUCAAACCCAUCAUUGCCCGUUUGUACAUGAUUAUUCAAAGAUGCACCCCAUCACCAAAUCCUCCACAAGAUUUGAUUGCCACUUGCUUGUCUUGUUUGGCUACUGUAGCAUUAAAAGAUCCACACCAGGUCUGGCAUAAUCUUCAACAGACAGGAUUUCUUCCUCACUGUGUUUCAGCCAAAAUUUCAGAAGUGGACAAGACAAAAGUGGAGUUUCUCAGCACAGCACCUGGAAACUUUGGUGCAAUUUUGAGCACCAAAGAAAGACCAGUUGGAUAUUAUCCUGUUACUAUGGAGACAUUGAAUUUACUGCUAAAGCUGAUCCAUGGAAUCAGUGUUGCUGAGGACACUGACGAUCAGCCAAUCAGCUUUCUUGAUCUUGCUGCUUGCCUUGUCUUUGUAAUGAGAGAAGUGUUCACUGGUUUCCAUAAGUGGAGAUUCACUGGACUUAAAGACAGAGAGGAAAUUGGGAAAAGAUGUCUUCAGUUGUUCAAUGUUGUUCUUGGCCUUCAUUUUAAACCAAAGAAAACUGAUGGAGCUAGUGAAACAAUGGAGGUGGAUGUCACAGAUUUGUCAAGGACUCCAGUAGUGUUACAGGACACCUUAUUUCUUGACUUAUUGUAUUCAGAAGCUGGACAAUCUUUACUUAACAUCCUUGGCACAGGAGUAGACACUGUUGAUAAACUGGUGUCUUUGGGAAGGUAUGAAGGUGUCACAGUUUUUUUCAGUUUGUUUGUAGCAGUUUGUUAUGUUUUUUUCUUUUUGUCUUGUAGGACUCCAGUAGUGUUACAGGACACCUUAUUUCUUGACUUAUUGUAUUCAGAAGCUGGACAAUCUUUACUUAACAUCCUUGGCACAGGAGUAGACACUGUUGAUAAACUGGUGUCUUUGGGAAGCAGUGCCACUGGAGGAUAUGCGUUGGCCCUUGUGGAACUCAUCAAGCUGGCAUUUUCUGUACUAAACAGGCUCUUGGCAAGGAAAGGAAAGGAUGAUGAUAUUUCUCCUUUGGAAGAAGCAUUAACAUCACAAGUUGUUCAUCAACUGCGUGAUAAAGGAGCCAGCUAUUCCACAAGCUGGGGUAAUUGUCAGCUGGUGACUGUGAUAGCUUCGUACGUCUAUCACAGACUGGACAGUCAGCUGCCGACAUUGGCAACACUCUUGCUGAAGAGAAUGUGCUUGGUAGCUCCAAUGUCCAUGCAUGCCAGUUUUGGCGCGGAAGCUGUUCCAUUGAGAGACGCUUUUGUUUCGAGACUCAGGACCCUUACAGAGGACGUCAAACUUAAAGUAGUAAUACUGGAAUUUAUAGCAACAGCUGUGGAAACUCAACCUGGAUUAAUUGAGCUGUUCCUUGAUCUGUCUUCUAAAGAUGAUAAGGAAUUCAUCAUAGGGCAGAAUAGCUGUCUUCAUGCUGUCUUGGAUGUUAUUGAUCCCGAGAAACAGUCAGGUCACUAUAUUCCUCCUCAACUGGUAUCUGCAGCAUUCUUGUUACUUCACUCUUUGUGGCAUGACAGAAGAGAUGCCGCGCUCACAGCAAUACGAAAGAGACGAAGUAUUCAAAAGAUUCCUUUAAUGUCUUGUUUUGUUCAGGAAUUCAUCAUAGGGCAGAAUAGCUGUCUUCAUGCUGUCUUGGAUGUUAUUGAUCCCGAGAAACAGUCAGGUCACUAUAUUCCUCCUCAACUGGUAUCUGCAGCAUUCUUGUUACUUCACUCUUUGUGGCAUGACAGAAGAGAUGCCGCGCUCACAGCAAUACGAAAGAGCCCAAAAUUCUGGGAAAAUUUAACUCAUCCACUGAUGACUGGAAUACAAUCGGAUGUUGAUGAAGAUUACAGAUAUUACAUGGAAAUCUGCUGUUAUGCUCUGCAGAUUAUUGCGUUAGAGGCUUACUAUGUUUCAAGAGGUCAAGUUGACGACAGUCUGAAGACAUCCAUGAAAGCUUUCUGUUCGAAACAAAGAUAUCAAUACUGGGGUCAGGUAGGGACAAACCGAUUGCUAUAUUUCAGUUGUUUACAAAAAUGUUUCUUACUUUGCAGCUGCCUUCAAGACGUGAAUACAGUUUUCCAGUGCCUGGUGGAUGUCAUGGAAACAGCGCACAAGAAUGACACACAGCUGUUCGUUCAUAUCCGUGUGGCCAUGUUCUCUUCCAUCUCUGUCUUACUUCAGCAUGCCCGAACGGAACACCUUUCAGAUAAAUUAAAAAGCAGUUAUGCCAUGGUUCUGUUACCGCUGGCUUGUGAGCCACUGGAAUACUUGCGAGGAAGGUUCAGUAAUGAGGAGAAACAGCAGGACAGGGUUCUAGAGCUGUCUGUGUUUAUCAUUGAUGAAAUUCUGAACAUUCUGCUCGCCAAUCCUGGCCAGUGGCUUCCUGUAUUAAGAGAACAUACGCUGUUUGCUUCGCUGGUCCAAGCAUUGGACGUCUGUAUCAGGACUCAAGAGAAAGUAGGAUUUACAGAAGCCAUUCUUCACUUGUUCCUGUCGCUGUCACGAAUACCAAUGAGCGCUGAAGCCUUGGCUAUGAACAGUUUAUCUCAGCCGUUGUGUUUGGGAAUGGCGUCACUUUCCUUUUCAAUAGAAACGCAGCAGGCUGCCCAGUCCAAGUCUGGAUCCCAGUCCCAGGAUAACUCCACCCCCUCAGACCCACUGAAACGAGGAAACUGGAACAGAGUAUGGCAGCUGUGCCUUGCUGUGAUGGCGUCCAUGCUGCGCACGCUCAGACAUGGUUUUCUCAAAGAAGCAUUGGACUUUGCUGGUGUGCACAGGGAAAGGCUCGCAGAGGGCAUGGACGGUGUGAGGCGGUCGCAGUCAUCAGACGUGUUAACUGAAGCUGAGGAAGUCAGUGCGUUCUUGUUGGAACUCGCUCAUUUCUUUCAGGAAUGGAGGUUCACACUGCCGGAUGUGUUGAUUCUUCUGCUGGCACGGACUGGUGUUCUGUGUCAAAGUUGUGUGGCACUGCUGACCCAUCCAAGAUUGCUGGCUCAUUUGCUCGAUUUAUCGAAGGGAUCUGGUAACUCCUCCGUCCAGGACAAGACCCAGUCCUCACCCGUGCAACGUUCAUUAAGCGGCUCGUUUUCGAGGGAAAUGCUCAGAACGUACUCAUACGCUGAUGAUGACUCGUUCAGGAACAGCCCGUUAGUCUCUCAAACCCAGUCACAGUUGUUGAAGAUUCUGUGCAACUCCUUGGCGAUGUUACGACAGUUAACGCCAGACAUUUGUGGAAUUCUCAUUGAUCAGGGUAUGGACCUGGAAGAGUUUCCUCCCUUGCUCUCUCUUGGGUUCAGUUCUCCGACUGUGGACAACGAGGAACCUUUAUCGUUUGGUACUCUUUUGGCUUGCCUCAACAUGGCGCUCUCAAAUCUUGGCCCUCCUGACCUGAAGUCACCCGUGAAGUCACCAGUUAGGACAUUAUCAGAAUCAUUACCAAGAUCUCUUCUGAUGUUCACGAUGGAGAAUGCACUCAUUGUUGCCUUGUCUCAAGCUUGUCGAUAUUUGCGGGAUCCCGGGCUGGACCCGCGGGUCAAGCAGUUUCUCAAGAGAGAACUUGGUAGUGAACUGGGAAACUUUCUUGGCGGUCUGUUCCGCCAUUUUGUUCGUCGUGGUCUCCCUCCUUCCCCAGCAGGAUCAAGACAGACGAGUCCGAGCAGUACUGCAAGACGAACACCAACCAAGGCACUGGCAUUCACAGAGGCACCAGAACAGAAGUUCUUUAAACUGGCAGACACGUUUGUCAAGCAAGUCUUAUUAUCGAAGGGAUCUGGUAACUCCUCCGUCCAGGACAAGACCCAGUCCUCACCCGUGCAACGUUCAUUAAGCGGCUCGUUUUCGAGGGAAAUGCUCAGAACGUACUCAUACGCUGAUGAUGACUCGUUCAGGAACAGCCCGUUAGUCUCUCAAACCCAGUCACAGUUGUUGAAGAUUCUGUGCAACUCCUUGGCGAUGUUACGACAGUUAACGCCAGACAUUUGUGGAAUUCUCAUUGAUCAGGGUAUGGACCUGGAAGAGUUUCCUCCCUUGCUCUCUCUUGGGUUCAGUUCUCCGACUGUGGACAACGAGGAACCUUUAUCGUUUGGUACUCUUUUGGCUUGCCUCAACAUGGCGCUCUCAAAUCUUGGCCCUCCUGACCUGAAGUCACCCGUGAAGUCACCAGUUAGGACAUUAUCAGAAUCAUUACCAAGAUCUCUUCUGAUGUUCACGAUGGAGAAUGCACUCAUUGUUGCCUUGUCUCAAGCUUGUCGAUAUUUGCGGGAUCCCGGGCUGGACCCGCGGGUCAAGCAGUUUCUCAAGAGAGAACUUGGUAGUGAACUGGGAAACUUUCUUGGCGGUCUGUUCCGCCAUUUUGUUCGUCGUGGUCUCCCUCCUUCCCCAGCAGGAUCAAGACAGACGAGUCCGAGCAGUACUGCAAGACGAACACCAACCAAGGCACUGGCAUUCACAGAGGCACCAGAACAGAAGUUCUUUAAACUGGCAGACACGUUUGUCAAGCAAGUCUUAAGAUAGACCACUUUACCGGGAUAGGUUUUCACCAAAGCAGCUGAACAGAAGUUCGUUAAACUGACGCACACGUUUGUGAAGCAAGUCUUAAGAUCUGAUGCAGCUGAACAGAAGUUCUUUAAACUGACAGACACGUUUGUGAAGUAAUUAUUAAGAUCUGGCGCAGCUGAACAGAAGUUCUUUAAACUGACACACACGUUUGUGAAGCAAGUCUUAAGAUCUGGCUCAGCUGAACAGAAGUUCUUUAAACUGACUGACACGUUUGUGAAGCAAGUCUUAAGAACUGGCGCAGCUGAACAGAAGUUCUUUAAACUGACAGGCACGUUUGUGAAGCAAGUCUUAAGAACUGGCGCAGCUGAACAGAAGCUCUUUAAACUGACUGACACGUUUGUGAAGCAAGUCUUAAGAUCUGGCGCAGCUGAACAGAAGUUUUUUAACUGACUGACGCGUUUGUGAAGCAAGUCUUAAGAUCUGGCGCAGCUGAGCAGAAGUUCUUUAGACUGGCAGAAACGCGUCUGUGAAGUAAGUCUUAAAAUAGGAAACUUUACCGGGAUAGGUUUUCACUGAAACAGCUGAACAGAAGUUAUUUUAACUGGCAGACACGUUUGUGAGGCAAGGCUUAAGAUAGACCAUUUUAUCGGAAUAAGUUUUUGCUGAAGCAGCUGAACAGAAGUUGUUUAAACUAGCAAGCAAGCAAGGCUUAAGAUAGACAACUUUACCGGAAUGUAUUUUCACUGAAGCAGCUGAACAGAAGGUUCUUUAAACAAGCAAGGGAGACAGUCUUAAGAUAGACCACUUAACCGGAAUAGGUUAUCACUGGAGCAGCUUAACAGAAGUUCUUUAAACUGGCAGACACGUUUGUGAAGCAAGUCUUAAGAUAGAUCACUUUACCGAGAUAGAUUUUCACUGAAACAGCUGAACAGAGGUUUUCUAAACUGGCAGACAAGUUUGUGCAAAAAAGUCUUUAUAUAGGAAGUUCUGGAAGAGAAGUUCUUUAAACUGGUAAACACCAUCGUGAGGGAAGUUGUUUGAACAUAUCUGCAGAGGCCUCGAAAUGGAAAUUGUGUAAAUUCGCCGACACCUUUGUAAGGCAAGCCUUGAGACUGGAUACAUGGUCAGAUACUUGAGGAUUUCUGACACAGAAAUUCUUGAAAUUCGUGGACUGUUGGUCAAGGCGGUGUUGAGAUUGACCAGUUGUGGUUAGAUAUUGAGAGAGGCAUGGUUUGUAGUACUAUCUCUUUAAAUUGCCUGCAAGAUACGUUGUUGAGUCUUGAGAUGGAGCACUUUUCGGUAUUAACAAAGGUACAAAAUGCAAUUUGUGAAGGUCAUUCACUGAAACGUCGAAGAUGAAGUACCUUAAGUUGUCAAGCAUCUGUUAAUCUUGCCAAAGGACAGUAGAUCGUUAAAUUAAGAACGAAGUGGCGAGGUAGCUCAGCGUAUGAUGUCCACGAUUCAAUGAAUUUGCUUUCAUAUUGUCAGCGUCAAGACAGAUUUUCCUCACUCCUCUCUAUACAUUUUCAGAGGACUUAAUAAUCAGAUUUUUCCGUUGUUGAUUAUUUACUCAAUUCUUGUCAACUGUGUAGAUGAUUUUGCAUUGAUAUUGUGUAGAGAAAUAAGUACUAAUCACUUUUUUACCAUAGAAACAGAGACUAAGCUAAGCAUCCCCACAGAACGAACAGGUUAAAAUAACAACGCCAAAAGGCGCAGAUCACUCAGGGCAAGUUUCAAGUAUCUCUUCUCCUAACUUAAUUAACUUAUGUUGCUGAGAAUUUGGUAGUGCCUCCUUUUUGACAUUUCCUUUGUUAGGCAUCCUUUCGUGCUUAAAAACUGACAAAGGAAAUCCCUGCGGUGGAACAAUGAUUAACAGCUGGAUUCUACUUCACGUGUACAGUUUUGUUUUCUCCAUUUCUUUAUGUUAAUAAAAACAAGUGAAUUUUGUA